AUGAAGGGUAUUGAUCUUGAGCACAAGCACAGGAAGAACAAGAACAGGUCUUCCCCCAAGACCGAGGAUCCCUACCUGCUUCUGCUCGUCAAGCUCUACAGGUUCCUCGCCCGCAGGACUGGCGCUGACUUCAACCGCGUCGUGUUGAAGAGGCUCUGCAUGAGCAGGACCAACCAGCCCCCCCUGUCCCUCAUCAAGCUCGCCCGCUUCACCAAGGGCAAGGAGGACAAGAUCGCCGUUGUCGUCGGCACCGUCACCGAUGAUGCCCGUCUCCUCAAGUUCCCCAAGCUGACCGUGUGCGCUCUGAGGUUCACCGAGGGCGCCCGCACCCGCAUCCUCAAGGCCGGCGGUGAAAUCCUCACCUUCGAUCAGCUCGCCCUCCGUGCCCCCACCGGAGCCAACACCGUCCUCCUUAGGGGUCGCAAGACCGCCAGGAAGGCCACCAAGCACUUCGGCGCUCCCGGUGUCCCCAACAGCACCACCAGGCCCAAGGUCGCCAACAGGAGCAGGAAGACCGAGAGGGCUAGGGGUAGGAGGAAGUCUGUCGGCUUCAAGGUGUAA